GACACCCUGCAACGGGACACCGUCUUUUUCUCUAAGAUAUUUUUACCGUUUUCCCGAAAAAACGACGGACUUUCAGCAGGAUUUUUAGCCUCAGAGGAGCCCAAUGUGGGUGGAAGUGAGAUGGCAUCCAGGGAGAAAAGACCCUUAGCGCCUUCUAAAUCUAAGCAGAAGGCGAGUGAAUCAAGUAUAUCCUCUCCCGACAACAAAGCUAAGAAGGGCAAAUCACUGCAAAAUUUGAAACAACAAAUUGCUCAGAAUAUUCUAGAUGCAGUAGCAACUGGCAGCCAACUCCCACCAAAGCUAGAAGCUAGUUUGCCUCGAAAAAAAGCACUCGAGAAACUUAAGCGAAAUCAGAAACUCAGAUCGAAAGUGUCUCUGAUCAAAGCCAAGCAGAAAAUACCCAUAAAAACCGCGAGGAGAAUUAACACCGAUGUUAAGAAAACUUUGAAGCCUAGGAAGCGGAAGCAAGACGCAAAAGUUGUUGACACUGCAGUGAAAGCUGUAGGAAAUUCGACUGAAACUACAGACAACGAGGGAAAAGGAACUGAUUCUGGUGUAAAAGGAGCCAAGAUUAUUGUCAAGACCGUCAAGAAAACCAAGACAACGGCCAAGAACACAGAGGACGGCGAGACUGGAGAAGAUAAGGGAAAGGAAUUGACCAGCGCGAGUGUCAAUAAAGUCAGUCCAAAGCUCGGCAAGAAACAAUCUGACUCUUUCAAAACUGGAAAAGCCGUGAAAUCAGUUCUUCAGAAAAAGGCCAUCAGUAAAGACGAAAAUAAAAGCUCACCCACAGGAGUAUUUGUACUUUGGGAUACAAAAAACGCGAAAACCAAGAAGAAUCCCAAGGAAUCGGCAGACAAUCUUCUAAAAUCUGUGGCUGGAGCUGAUAGCAAAGCUGCAAAACCUUUUUCAGAUGAGAAAAAUUCAGUUGAUGUAACGAUUGACGAAGUCAUUGCAUCGUGCCUUAUAAGCGAUUCUGAAUCGGAAGAGACUGAGGAUAAAACUGAAGUCAAGGGAACAAGAAAAAAGAAGAUGAUUGUAGGAGAUAGGUCCUUUUGCGACAUUGAAAUAAAAAAAGAAAUCGAAGUCGAUGGGGAGACCGAAAUAAAAGAACAUUCGCCUGGAAUCGAACAAAUCACUCAAUUGCAAAACGCCAUCCAGGUUAGGAGAUCAAAUGUUCCCAGACAGAGAGCUUUGCGAAAUGGGAAGCUUCGACAACUUUCCGAUUCGGGGAUAUCGAUGGACCUGGAUGUGCGAAAGAGGGGAAGACUCAAUUCUGAUGAACCUGCCUCUCUGGAACAAUUUUCAGAGACUAUUUCGGAUGGUAACCCAGACACUGAAUCUUCCUUUUCGGAAUCGAGUGUCAAUGACUCUCGGACGAUUAUUUCGAGUAAAGACGUUGACGAGGAGAAAAAAUCUUUGCUAAAGGAUGAAUCGUUGAAUCACAUUGACGAGGUUAUUCAGCUUGUAUCGGGAAUAGAAAAUAAUAAUAACGGCGAGCAAUUAGAUAAUAUAGAAGCCGGGCCAACGUUGCGGUCGAAAGCGAAAUCUCGAACUAGCGACGAAACUAAAAUUGAAGAGGUGAAGGUUGAGGAUUCGAAAACGACAACUAAAGUAGAAACACCGGAAGAGUCAAAGAAAACUGUGAACAUCGACAUUCCGAAAAAAGACAGGAUUUUAGCAAAAAUUUCAGAGAAGCCAAAAAGUCGCAGGAAUAGUUUAAACAUUGACGUAAAAAAAGUGAAUCCUUUCGCCUUCAGCACCGAUAAAAGCGAUGGGUCUUCGAAGUCUCAAAUAGAUCAGAUGAUAGAAAAUAUUAAGCUGACUAUCGCAAAGUCUAUCGAGAGUAAAAUCUACUCUCAGGAGAAGGUUCGAAGUCUCGAAGCUUUGAGCAAAAGUUUCGAAGUGCCCAAAAUAGAAGAAAUAGUCGCGCCGCUGAGCACCGAGUCCCAAAAAGUGGGAUUGGAAGAACGAACUGAGGAAGAGAAGCCCAAUAUUUCUAAAAAUGAAGUCAAGUCAGACAGCUCGGAGAAUUCAAUUCCGAAGGUAGCCGAUACAGCCAAAGAAAUCGAGAAACUAGUCAUGGGAGACAAAGAAUUGGUUGAUACUCAAUCGCAAAAUAAGGAGGAAGAGGUUGAAUCUUCUGAACCGAAGAUUUCAGUUAAUGAUGAUCAAAAGGGUGACAAGGACGAGGUUGAAAUUCAAGUCGAGGUUCAAGAAGAUGUUGAUCAAAGAACGAAGAAAGAGGCCGAAAAUACUGUUAAAAUCGAUGAGGAAGUUGAUGAAGCAAGAGCAGUUACGAAAAUUUGUUUGGGAGAAUCGAAAGUUGAGGGAAUUCCCGAUCCAGAAAAUUCGAAGAAACCAGGAAAAAGUAAAACUGUUCAAGAAAUUUCUGAGGAUAAAACAGACUGUCUUGACACGGAAAUUACAAAAUGCGAUUCUGCAGAUCAAGGAGAAAGAGUACCUUCUCCGAUCGAAAUAGCAACACCCGAGAUUCUAAAGCCACAAGAAGUUUCAGAAAAAUGCAUUGAAGAAUCGAUGGAUGUUUCGAACAAAACUGUAGACUCUGAUAAUGACUUCACUCUCAAUAUUUCAAUGACUGAUGAAGUUGAGACUUUGGAAAGCAUUUCGCGAGACGUGGAGGCUUUGGUAGCAGAUGAAAUAAGCGAGAAAAAGGAAGAAACUGAUAAAGAAGCACCUUCAAUGAAAAUGGAAGUUGAUAAUCAAGAUGACGUAAUUUCUACAGUUGAACCUUCCUUGCCUUGCAGUGAGAAAACUACAGAUGAAUCUGUUUCUGUAGAAAUGGAAAUUGAAACUGUACAUACAAAUAAUCAUUUAUCUACCGAAGGCUGUGAUAAUGUUAGUGAAACUUCUCUGCAAAAAUUGACACAAUCAGCUUCUGAAGAGACUGAGACCAAGAGUGAUAAAUCUAAUGAGCAAGCCGAGAGUAGCGACAGUUUGAGUCUGGUUCUUAGUAUUUCAGAAUCAUCCCAGAAUUCGCCAAAAUCGGAUAAAACUGAAGAUGAGGACAGUUUGAAGGAUGAAGAACAGAAGAAGCGAGUUUUGAGGGUACGGGAAAAGCAAAAGAAAGCAGACGCGAUGGAAGUUGAAGUCAACGAAAAUUCAGAAGAAAAACUCGAGGUGGAAGAAGAACCCGCAGCAAAUACCGAAACUCAUAGCAUUGAAAGUGCGUUGUCUGAAGAAAAAGUUGAGACUCUGCAAGUUGAGACUCUGGAAGUUGAGACUCUGCAAGUUGAGACUUUGCAAGUUGAGACUUUGCAAGUUGAGACUCUGCAAGUUGAGAGUCAAGCCUUAAAUAAUGCUCAAAGUAUCGAGAAAGUGGAGGAGGAAGCUCCAGUUCGGACGAGAAGAGUCAGGGAAGGCAAAAAGUCUGUUCAGAAUUCGAAUCUGAAGACGAAAAGAAGCAGGAAGGAUGGGAAGAAAUCUGACCAGCAAAAUAAGGAGGAAACUUUACUCGACAAUGAAGUGGCGAAGAUCAACGAAAACAAACUUGCGAACAAGUACAGCAAAUCUGCAGAAGGAGCCGAAACUCUUCGAGGAUGUUCUGUGCCCUCUACCAACGAGACGAAGAAUGAAACUAAUACAAACCAGAACAAUGCAUCUAGUAAUCGGAGUAAAUCUGAAAACGAUCUGGAAAAUAUGCAAGAGUCCGAGAGGAAUGAUAGCCAUGCUGGAAGUUUUAUACCAAAGGAGUCCAAGAAUGAAAGUUUGGUAUUGGACGAAGAAAAGGCUACGAAAACACCAGAUACUUUGCAGAAGGAUUCCGACGAGGCUUCUACAUCGAGCGACUCCUCGAGUAGUAUAAUUCAAGAAACUCCGGAAGAAAAAGCAAAGAAAGAAGCAAUUCUUCGUCUUUUGGGCCUCGAGUCUUGGGAAAAAGCUGCUGAACGAUUGAAUCAUCAGAAGGCGAGGAGAGAACUGUCAUCGGGAACUUUGAAAAUGAGAUUCCAGAAAGGACGUGAGAAGGAUAAGAUGAGGUCUCGUUCACCCCUGAAGAUGGUGUUAAAGCAAGGUCGCGUUGACGGUGAAGGAGAAUCGCUUGAAUUUUACACCAUUCAAAAGGAGUUCGGACCCAGUGGUGUGGGAGAAAGCAGCUCUGGUGCGAACCGAAAGUUGACUACUAACCACAGACACUCUUGCGAUGAAGAUAAUGAGGAAACACCAUCCAAGGAUCGACAGUCUCUCGUGAUUCCAGAAAAGUCCUCUUCCUUUUCCAUUCAUCCUGGCCGCUGUUGCGGAGACGUUUGUUGCUAUUGCUUCGGUAAAUUCGGUUCACUGGACACGCCUAUGCAUUUAGCACAAAUGAAAUCAGACGCGAGAAGACAAAAAAUUUUGAACCUAGAAAGACAUUUGACGAAGGAUUCUUGCCUCUGUGACGCAUGUUAUCGCCACAUUGAUAGAAAGGCAAACCAGAGUCCGACUAAUAUCCAAACGAGACCACAGAGACCACAUCGACAGUUUUUGGUACCAAAAUGCUGCGCUCUCGACUGCGGAGAACCUGCGAGGCAUCACGUGAGACGUCGUUGGCUGCAGAAGGUCAAAGUUGGUCUGAAAAAUGAGGUGAAGAUAAACUGGGAGUCAAACCAACUCACUUCGAUGUCGUUUUGCGUGCCUCAUUACUCGAAGGUUGUGAAGUUCCUAACUUGUGCCCUCUGUAAACGUCGCCUUCAAAAGAACCAGUCCUUCUCGCUCUCCUUUAACGAGACAAACGAACUGAACCAAAAUUUCAAACCUCAGGGAAUGGAAAUUCCUACGAUCGCUGGCACCUUCAUCUGCAAACUAUGCCGAUGCUUCACUUCCUUGCAGAUCAAGUAUAAAACCGUGGAAAACAUGCAUAAAACCAACAAGGAAUUCUAUAAGAAAUACAGAGCGAAAAUCUUAAGCUGUCGUAACUCCGGAGGAAUGGGGAAUGAGUCGGAUGAAAUGCCGAGCCAAGGAUCCAAGGACAAGGAUAGGGAGAAGCGCAAGAAGUCCAAGUGUCCAAGUCAGACGAAAAAUGGUCGUUCGAGUUCGAAAUCGCCAGAGGCUAUAAAUCCAGCCAGCUCGGCGAGUUCCUCGGAAAAGUCAACACCGCAGCCAAGUAAGGAGGAUGAAUCCAACCCCGUGAAAGAGAAUGAAAGGACUGAUGAACCAGUGAAAACUGCUGAAAGUGCAACACCUGGAGAUUUGAACACUGCAAAUGACGGCACUGUCCGUACGGACGUUCAAUUCUUAGUGAUUGAAAAGACAAUUGAGAAGCUGAAGAAGCGGAAGGCCCUCGAAGCACUCAGUUACUCGAAUUUGAGUGCGAACACAAGUGAGUCGAGUGAAGGGGCAAACGUGGUCGAGAUUCUCGCGAUGGACAAGGAAGUGACCUUGACAAGGCUACCGAAGAGGGCGAAAACGAGUAAUGAUAUCGCGCCCGCUGUUCAAAGACUGGGAGCGAAUCCUUCAAUCAGCGUUCGUACCCUCUUCCCAGGGGAGGAAGAAAUGAACCUGCACGCGAACGUCGAAUUCGGUAAUAUUCGGGAAGUGACGCCUCAGGGUUGGGAGAAGUGCGCGACGAUGAUACAGUACGACAGAGAUACGAAGCUGCUUUGGCAGGAGUUGCAGAGGCCUUACGGUAACCAGAGUUCGUUCCUGAGACAUUUGAUUUUAUUGGAGAAAUAUUAUCGCUCGGGGGAUCUUGUUCUGGCACCGAAUGCAUCUAGAAAUGCGAUUAAUUACUCUACCUCGGUUCACAAUCGACUGAUUUCCUACGAGGGUCCUGAGAAGAUGGAUGAACCAAUCAUGGAGCCGAUGUCUGUUGAGUAUACUAACACGCGAAGAUUGAGUGGAGGAUUCGUGACGGAGAGAGACCGAGUUCCGCCGACGAACACUAGUAUUAGUUCCUACCUGACCAGCACGCCCAAUUUCCCGAGCACAUCGCAAGCAUCAAAGGCGAGCCCGGGUAGAGCGGUGAAGCUGAACCCCGGAGUUUCAAUAAUGAAGAAGCCACCUCCGAUUCUUCAGCGGCUGAGCUUUCCAUCAACGAGUGGAAGUUCCGCCUUAACUCCGAAGCCAAAAAAUCCUCAAAAGGCCCCGAUGCCGUCCGGAGGUAAGGUAUUUCAGAUGAGCGAACCGGAGUACAAGCGGCUUCAGAAUCUCAAGCGUCAGAAGCAACUCAUAGGCGAGAAAAACUCUACGAGUUUUAACAAUGGCCCAGCUGCUAGUACGCCUCCAGGUCUGAAAUCUGUGACACAGUUUCAAAAAGCGCAGUUUGCAGCGCAAACUCAGUUUCAAAAGCACCUCAGGAUGCAGCAGGAGAUGCUGAACCGUCAGAGCAGGAGUGACUUUGAGCCUCUCGUUUGCGACAUGAGGAGUCUCUCGAACGAGAACACACCUUCGCAAAAUUUCCUUGGGAAUUUAAAUCUUCCCAAAUCGAUUCAGGUGACGACCAAGCCACCAAACCCAAACCCAAUUCCGAUUCUACCGAAAAUUCCAAAGUCCUUAACCGUGAUACCCCAAACAGUGUCGAGACCUGCCGAAAAGUGAGAAUUAACUAGGGAACGAAUAAUUUAGGGGAUUUUUGUUAGCGGAUGAAAUUGGUAAGCCUUGAAAGUCACUGCUACGUGCUACCCGAAGCUGCCUGCCUCUUGGAUAAUAAGUAACUACUUCUGCCGUUGCUCUAAGGCUCAAAACGAGAUUUCGCAUGAUUUGCGUGACUAGUAUGAAAAACUAGUAAAAAUUAGUGUGAAAGCAGACUAACACGAGCAGGGGCAAAAGAGUGGAGCUCGUUAUGCUGAUAAGUUUAUAACCAAAGCUCUGACGUGAAUGACAAACAUUGUGUAUCUAUUUUCCAAGAAAAGUGCCUAAAAUGACACGCGAGAAGUCGUUAGUUUUUAUUAUUCUAAUUCGCUAUACUGAUGACGAUAGACGUGUAUGCAUAGAUAUAUUGAUUUAUUAUACAUAUAAAU